AAGCGAGGACUGGGCCAGGUGCCGGCGCAAAGCCGCGCAAGGAUGUUCUGGCUUCACUCAAGAUGGCCUCGAUGGAGGAAAUCUCCAGGGCCAUUCUUCCAGCAGAAAUCAUGUCCUCGAUCCUUGAUUACCUCUCCCCUGUCGAUCUCAUACGGGUAGCUCGAUCGUCCAAACUCCUGCGCGAGAUGGCAUACGAUGACACACGAUGGGUGCAGAAACUGAAACGGAUGGGCUGUUGGGACGAGGUGGAGGCAAGAAAGCGUACGGAAGAAACGUUCGGCACCAUCGCAGAUGUGCGAACGGUUGAGCAACAGGAAGUUGAGGAUGCGCAAGCACCGCACGACGAACCUGCACCGAACGUCUCACGCAGUUCCCGAGCCGAUUUACAAUCGAUCUCUGACGGAUUCGACCAAAUCAAUCUAACCACUUCGGCCAAUGUUGAUAUGUCGGAUGGAUCAGAGAAUGAUCCUGUCAUCGGCGCGCUCAAACAAGUGAAGUCGGUUCGUGGAGACGCACGCCAGGAGUACGGAAAGGUACAUGCAGCACUGGCACCAUACUACAAUGACAUCGUUAUGAACGGUCCUUCUCCGGAUAGCUUGCUUUUCAAGAACUACACCGAUCCUCAGCACCAAGCUCAGAUACUGUCGCAGCUACAGUCCUUUUCCAAAUGCGAUUCGGACGAAGGCUGGCGUGAACGGAUUGAACAAUUGCAGUCUGCUGUGUCGAUGUUCGAAAUAUCGGCUAUAAAGGAAUUUAGACAUGGAUAUGAGACAGAGGAUAUUGAUGACAGGAUGCGAAAAUAUGCCCACGUGUUGUACACGCUGAACGGCGGAGAGGCAGCUGUCGAACUCUUCAUACAGCACAACCAUCUCGUUACCAGAAGAUCAGAUCUCGGCAAAGUUUCGGACUGCAUUGACCCUUUCUCGCAGCGGGUCAAACUUGAACAUACACAGGCAUUCUUCACUCGGCUAAGUGUGGCUUAUAAUGAGGAAGUAUCGAUCAUCAAUCGUGCCUUUCCCCCGUCUAUGAAAAUCUCGACCCCGUUUAUUGAUAAGGUUGGGCAGGAUGUGCUCUAUCCAUUUCUGACUGCCAUUUUUGAUGAACUACAUGGUUCAAAUACGGAGUCCUACUUGACUGCCGUCUCAGGAACAUUUGCUCAAUGCCUUAAUCUGUCGGAUACAUUGCUGCCAAUACAGAAUCUGAACGACAGCUUUGAUGAAUUCAUGGACCAUGUCAUAGCAAAAGCCUAUGUACCCCACAUGGAUUUAUACCUUGCUGAGGAAUUGGACCAUUUCCGGAAAUUGUCUGAGGCGGCUGUGGGAGACUGGGAUAGACAGCUAUCGGAGCAGGCAGCCUCGACGGAGUCAUUCUUGAUGUCAAACAUCAACAGGCAGGCUGAUAAGCGUGACUUCUUGACCUCAUUCAAGAAGGUUAUUAUGGCUCCCGUUAAUAUUCUUCCAAGCUUCUCCGGAAACAAGGCGAAUGAACAAAAGGCACCAUCGGAGCCCACCGCCAGCGACACCUCGUCUUUGAAAAGCCCUAAUCGGUUCUCAACCAUCGCGUCGCCCACGACACCCCCGAUCAUGGAGGCACCGACCACAGAGCUCGCAGCAAAAGCCGCGAUUAUGAAGUCUAAACUAGAGGGCAUUCGAUCUCUCUUCAGCAUUGAAGUUGCUCUUAGUCUGGUCCAUGCGGCAAAAUCAAGCUUGGAGCGAGCCGCGCAGUUUGUGAAGAUCAAAGGCGAAUAUGGAGCUGCUGCAAAACAGCAGUGCGAGGCGGUUUUUGUCGCCCUCGUGCGCAUUCUGGGAAAUCGUCACUUGAUCGGUGGAUUUAACAAGGCCGUUGACCACUUGUCGAAUUACCGGCCGCGCGAGCAAGGGGAAAGAGACCAAUCUGGCGUUGAGCCGCUGGUCACCUUUCUGGAGCUGGUGAACGUUGGUGAUUUGAUCCUCCAGAUGAUCGAUGUCUUCUACGAGCAGGAACUCAUCGGCACCAAACUGACGGACCGCAAUGAUUUUCUUGAUCCAGCCGUCAAGGAAAAGAAAAAGUUCGAGCAGAGCCUGGAUGAACGGGUGGCUGCUGGGCUUAACAAAGGAAUUGACGUUCUCAUGGAAGAAGUUGACUACAUUCUAGCAACGAGGCAAUUGGCGACCGACUUCAAUCCUAGUGUCUCUACUGACCCCUAUCGCAAAACGAUGGACGUUAGUAUUACCGAGGCUGCAGCGGCCGUGGUAGAUGUGGUGUCGUCACAUACGCAGAUGCUGGUUGGGAGCACAGACAAGAGUAUGCUGGACGUCUUCAACCAAGAAGUCGGGCUCCGCCUUUUUGCUGCUCUGUGCAAGCAUCUGAAGCGACAGAGAAUCAGCGUCGAGGGGUCAUUGAAGCUCAUCAGUGAUAUGAAUCACUACUUCAAAUUCAUCCAGACGUUCAGGAAUAACGACCUUCUCCUCUAUUUCAAGGCGUUCCGAGAACUGUCGCAGAUCUAUUUGAUCGACCCCUCCGAUGCCAAAGAGCUUGCCACAAUCAUCGCCGAUGCGGACCGAUUCAACGGGAUCUGGCGAGUCGAGGAGGUGUACGAGUUCGCCGAGCGACGGGCGGAUUGGUAUCAAGUGAAACGAGACGUCGAACGAGCCAUGUACGGAAUUGGGUGCAACGUUAUGUGAAGAUCAUGUCCAGCAUUACGAUUAUACGGUGUAUAUAGAGCUACGAAUACCCCAGGGCUUUGCCAUUUUCAUGGUUAGAGAAUAGACAGACGAUUAUAUGAUCCAGU